AUGAAUCUACUUGGAUUAUCCUUUCCACUUACGGAUUUGAUAUUAUCUAUCUAUUAUCUAUCUAUCUAUCUAUCUAUGUGUGUCUGUGUCUGUCCGUCUAUAUACUGUAUCUGUCUGUCUGUCUAUCUAUCUAUCUAUCUAUCUAUCUAUCUAUCUAUCUAUCUAAUUAAAACUCGUUUCUAUCUAUCUAUUCUAUCUAUCGUAUUAAAACUGCUUUCUAUCUCUCUUAUUAAAACUGCUCUCUCUCUCUCUCUCUCUCUCUCUCUAAACAUUAUUAUUAUCAUUAUUUGCAAUCUUCUACUUCUUCUCGCCAUUAUUAUUAUUAUUACUUUUAUUCAUAUUCUUAUUCUUUUAUUAUCAUUAUUAUGCUUCCUAUUUCUCUUCUUCUCUUUUUGUUCUCGCCAUCUUUAUUAUUAUUAUUUAUAUCGCUUUUCGUAUGGCUAUCAUUCUUGUUCUUCUUCUUCUUCUUCUUCUUUCCAUUAUUAUUAUUAUGAUUAUUAUUAUUACAUUCUUCUUCUUCUUCUUUUAUUUUCUCUUCCUCUCCAUCUUUAUUAUUAUUAUUACAUUCAUUUUCUUCUUCUUCUUCUUCUUCUUAUUUUUUACAUCACUCUUCUUAUGAUUAUCUUUCUUCUUCUCUUCAUUAUUAUUAUUAUUAUUACAUUCUUCUUUUUAUUACUAUUCUUUCUUUCUUUCUUUCUUUCUUUCUUUCUUUCUUCUUCUUCUUCUUCUUUUCCUUGCCAUAUUUAUUAUUAUUAUUAUCAUCACAUUCAACUUCUUCUUAUUAUUUUUUACAUCACUCUUCUUAUGAGUAACUUUCUUCUUCUCUCCAUUAUUAUUAUUAUUAAUCUUUCUUUCUUUCUUUCUUUCUUUCUGUCUUUCUUUCUUCUUCUUCUUCUUCUUCUUCUUCUUCUUCUUCUUCUUCUUCUACACUCCAUCUUUAUUAUUAUUUACAUAAUUCUUCUCAUGAUUACUAUCAUCUUUCUUUAA